CACGGUCACGGUCAUUCCUGUACUUUCCUGUUGGUUGUUCGUCAGCUCACACUUGCAUUCAGUUUUUAAUUUUCGUACGAAAAUGUUCGCGCACGUUCGGUACACGGACAAGGUUGAAGCUGUACUGCCAGUUAGCCUCAUUCAAAACUUCAAACCGAAGCACGUCGAGGACUUUGACGCAUCGUUGAAGCGGACGUUUUGGCAGGGACACGACGAGCCUGUAGGAGGGUACUACACGGCACAGGUGCUGAGACUAGGAGAAACAAAAGAGGACAUCAUUGCAUAUCUUAUACAGAGUGGUCAGUGUGUCCCUGCUAUCAUUGAAGGACCGUACGUGCCCUCUUCGGAGACCGUCUCCAAAAAGCAAACAGGAAACGUAUCUUCGAAGAAUAAAAAGAAGGCCAACGCGGAGGCACGUCGACAUGAACUCAAGGAGAUCCUCAGAGAAAGGAGCACUAACGCCUCUGACCUAGAAGAUAAAGUGCGUAAACUAAAGGAGAAGGUGCAUCUUCUUGAGGCAGAGCUUCUAGAAGAAAGACAGCUGUGCCGUAGUGUACAGAAGGAGCUGAUAAGGGCAUAUUGUAGGUUGCUCCCUUGCUACUUGAUCUAG